AUGUUCAAUUUCACUCCAAAACCAUUGAUAUCCUUAGAUAAUACAACCGAAGUAUUCAACAGGACAAUAGUUGAGGAGAGGACAAGAAACAAUAAUACAAAAUAGUAAAGUAUAUCAUCAUUUUUAGGGAUGAAACCUCCUCAAACUCUGAAUUGUAAAAUAAAAUGCAUUACAAUCUAUAAGCUGAUGCAAAGAUGUAUGGCAAAAUAUAUUCGGUAAUCAGAGAAACUAUUAAUAGGCUUAUGAUGAUGUCUUACAAGAAGCUGAGAAUGAUCAAGAAUCUUCUACUUGCAGCAAUCUGAGUAAAUAAAUAAUUCGCAAAUUGGGUGCUGAAGUAUAAACUAUCUUUAAAUUAUCUAAACUAAUUGACUUUCAUUAGAAUUAAAACAACACUAGGAGGAGGGGAAUGACAACAGAGACUCUAAGAAGAGUAUUAUAUUCUAAAACAAAUUUAUAAGAAUGA